AUGCUCCGCAAGGGCAACUACGCUGGACGCAUCGGAGGAGGAGCGCCCGUCUACCUGGCCGCUGUUCUCGAAUACCUCGCCGCUGAGGUGCUCGAGUUGGCCGGCAACGCUGCCCGUGACAACAAGAAGAGCAGAAUCAACCCUCGCCAUCUCCAGCUCGCCGUCCGCAACGACGAGGAGCUCAACAAGCUGCUUUCCGGUGUGACCAUUGCUCAGGGAGGAGUUCUGCCCAACAUCCAGGCUGUCCUCCUGCCCAAGAAGACUGCUGGAGACAAGGAAUAA